CCAUGGCCACAGCUGCCUCGAAUCCCUACAGCAUUCUCAGUUCCAGCUCUAUGGUCCAUGCGGACUCUGCGGGCAUGCAGCAGGGGAGUCCUUUCCGAAACCCUCAGAAACUUCUCCAAAGUGAUUACUUGCAGGGAGUUCCUAGCAAUGGGCAUCCCCUCGGGCAUCACUGGGUGACCAGUCUGAGCGAUGGAGGCCCAUGGUCUUCCACACUGGCCACCAGCCCCCUGGAACAGCAAGACGUGAAGCCUGGGCGCGAAGACCUACAGUUGGGCGCAAUCAUCCAUCACCGCUCUCCGCACGUCGCCCACCACUCUCCGCACACUAACCACCCGAAUGCUUGGGGGGCGAGCCCGGCUCCGAAUCCGUCCAUCACGUCGAGCAGCCAACCCCUUAACGUGUACUCGCAGCCGGGCUUCACGGUGAGCGGCAUGCUGGAGCACGGGGGACUCACUCCACCGCCGGCCUCUGCCUCCACGCAGAGCUUACACCCAGUGCUCCGGGAACCCCCAGACCACGGCGACCUAGGUUCGCACCACUGCCAGGACCACUCGGACGAGGAGACACCAACCUCCGAUGAGUUGGAACAGUUCGCCAAACAGUUCAAACAAAGAAGAAUCAAGUUGGGCUUCACGCAGGCUGACGUGGGGCUGGCGCUGGGCACACUGUACGGCAACGUGUUCUCUCAGACCACCAUCUGCAGGUUCGAGGCCUUACAACUGAGCUUCAAGAACAUGUGCAAGCUGAAGCCGCUGCUGAACAAGUGGCUGGAGGAGGCUGAUUCGUCCACAGGGAGUCCGACCAGCAUUGACAAGAUCGCGGCGCAGGGCCGCAAGCGCAAGAAGCGAACCUCUAUCGAGGUGAGUGUCAAGGGCGUACUGGAGACGCAUUUCCUCAAGUGUCCCAAGCCUGCCGCGCAGGAGAUUUCCUCGCUGGCAGACAGCCUCCAGUUGGAGAAAGAAGUGGUGCGUGUCUGGUUCUGUAAUCGAAGACAGAAAGAGAAAAGAAUGACUCCACCAGGGGAUCAGCAGCCACAUGAGGUUUAUUCGCACACGCACACGGUGAAAACAGACACGUCCUGCCACGAUCUCUGACUGCAGGAAGCGAGGAAGGAACCGGCCGCACUGGGAGCAGCGCGGAUUUCUCUUUCUCUUCCACUCUCUUCCUUUUACUCCAGCUUUUUAAUUGCUAUUUCUCUAGCUCUCUGUCUCUCUCUCUCUCUUUUUUGUUGUUCGUUCUUUCUUUUCCCCCUCCCUCCACUUUUU